AUGGGAGAAUCCGAAGAUGGUCAUCGUGAUCGUGAGGGGAAGGAGCACAGGAGGAGGGAAAAGAAACAUAGAGACAGAAAAGAGAAAGACAGGAGUUCCAAAAGAAGCUCCAAAAGCACGGCCAGCGCCAGCGCCAGCUCCUCCAGAACGAGCCUUCCUGAGGAUCAUUCACCUUACAUGGACCCUACGAGCAAAUCCGAUAAAUUUACUCCUGAGAAGUCGUUAUCCAAGGAUAAAGACGCCAAGCCAAAAGCUCAGUCAUCAUGGUGGAGCAGCAAGAAGACGGACAACACCAUCAAAAAUCCUUUCAAGUCGGACGAGACUGAGUCAUCGUGGUGGAGUAGCAAGAAAACGGACGACCUCACUGAGAAUCCUUCCAACAUAGCCAAUUCCAAAACUGAACGGCCCUCGGCCGUGUGGUCCAAAUCCAGCUUCUCGAGUACCGGUUCUUCCAAACCCCACAGCCGAAAGAGGGGAAAGCACGAUAAAACGCAGGGUCCCCUCACGACCACUCAUGUUGCAAUUGUUGGACUUGGUGCUGGUGUCAUUUAUGGCAUUCACUGGUUCAUCUUCAAAAAACGUCCCCAAUACGGCCGGAAAUUAUAUCAGUUCAUGAAUCCAAUAUGGGCACUUGUAUCUCGACCUUUCCGCCCAAGGAUCUCAAAUGUGCCCGGCGACCGACGAUACUCGGUUUUCUCGUUCUAG